GGUGUGGUGAGCCCUCAGACCCGCUUCGAGUACGCCUUGGCUCUCAUCCGUAGCCGUUAUGCCACUGAUAUUCUUCGCGGUGUCAAUGAGUUUGAAGACCUCUGCUCUACGGGUGACCCAAACGCCCGAAGAGAUUAUCUCUAUUACUUAGCCCUCGCCAACACUAAACUCAAAGAGUACCAGAGAGCGCGCGACUGCAUCAAGAAGUUCCUGAGUGUGGAGCCGGACAACAGACAGGCCCAGGAGUUGGACCGACUCAUC